AUGUUUUCGUCUUCUUCAGGAAGGCACAAAAACGUACCACCAUCUCCUUGGAAGCUACCGUUUAUCGGAAACUUUCACCAACUUUACGCUCCAUAUCAUCGAUCCUUAUGGAAUUUGGCCAAGAAACACGGCCCGCUUAUGCUUUUACACCUAGGUAGCGUACCGGUGCUGGUGGUUUCCUCCAUGGAACCAGCCCGAGAAAUAAUGAAAACAAAUGAAUUCGCUUUCUUAAAUAGAGGUGAAAUAGGCAUUUUAAAAAAAUUGUCAUACAAUGGCAAGGAUUUAGCACUAGCUGAUUAUGGAGAGUAUUGGAGGCAGCUCAAAAGCCUUGUUGUGUUACAUCUUCUUAGUAAUAAAACAGUUCAGUCAUUUCAAAAAGUUAGAGAAGAGGAAAUAUCCAUUAUGAUAGACAAUAUUAGCGAUAGUUGUGGUUUAGUAGUCGAUUUCACAGAGUUGUUACUUUCAGUAGUAAAUAAUGUUGUGUGUAGGGUAACCUUGGGUAAAAAAUACACCGAUAAAAGGUUCCUUAAAUUGGUUGAAGAUUUUAAGAAGCUAGUUGUUUUAUUUACUGUUGGGCAAUAUAUACCUUGCUUGGCAUGGGUAGACCGUAUACGAGGCUUAAACGUUAGAACUCAAAAAGUUGCCAAAGAAUUCGAUGAGUUUCUCGAGGGCGUAAUUGAAGAACGCUUGAAUAGCAAUAAAGAAGAAUCCGCUCGUAUGCAUCAGAAUGGCGUGAUGGUUGAUCAAGCCAAAUACUUCAUUGACACACUGCUGGAAAAACAAAAAGAAGAAGGGGGUGGCAAUUUUUACAUGGAUAGAGAUACCAUUAAAGCCACCAUUUUGGACAUGUUUUCUGGUGUAGCUGAUACGAUGUUCACAACUCUAGAGUGGGCACUAAGUGAGUUAGUCAAGAACCCACUAGUAAUGAAAAAGCUACAAAACGAGGUGAACACUAUAGCACAAGGCAAACCACAAAUCAGCGAUGAGGAUUUGGGAAAACUCGAGUACCUUAAAGCUGUGUUCAAAGAGACAAUGCGACUACACGCUCCAGCUCCUCUAGUUGUAAGAGCAUCAUCUCAAGAUGUCAAAAUAAUGGGAUAUGAUAUUAAAGCCAAAACAAGAGUAUUUAUUAACUUAUGGGCACUAGGACAAGAUCAUGAAAUAUGGAAGGAUCCUAAGGAGUUCAGACCCGAGAGAUUUUUGGAUAGUCCAUAUUUUGAUUACAAAGGAAAUCAUCAUGAGUUCAUACCUUUUGGUGGUGGAAGGAGAGGGUGCCCGGGUAUUAAUUUUGCCAACACCCUGAUGGAGCUUGUUCUCGCCAACAUGAUUUACAAGUUCGAUUUUAAUCUCCCCGGUGGAGAGAAAAGGGAGAAUCUGGACAUGACUGAUCGUAUUGCGCUUACUGUUCAUAGGAAGAACCAUUUACUUCUUGUUGCUGGUCCACAUUCUAAACCAUAGCCGUCGUUAUUCUAAACGAAUGGUGUUCUGUUAUCCUCUAUAUGUUUCA